AUGGUAGUUGAGCAUCUUCCAGUGGUGCAGCAGAAAUAUGAAAUACGGGUCUACGAUGAUUUCGUCAUCCACAUGAACACCGGAGUGCUGAGGUGUCACGUUCCCAAAUACGUCAAGGAAUACGUCAUCGUGACGUCAUGGACACGCAGCGAUGGUUUCAUCAUCUCCGUGCAAGCUAUUCCAGAUGAAAACUCCAAGUACGUGGCCUUCAGAACGGGCGAGCUUCACGUGCGACGUGCGGGUCCCGAGGAUAGCCACCAUUCGUUUCAGUGCCAUGCAAAGGACACACUCACCGGGGCUGUGGUCAGCAGCAUCACGGCCGGAAAACUGGUCAUAACAGCCCCACUCGAGCAUACCAGCAAAGGUGAUUCACUCGAGCCGCAGGUGGAAGGUCCACACGGUUCCACACUCUUUGUUCCGUGCGAGGCCCAGGGACACCCGCAGCCUUCGUACCGCUGGUACCGCCAGCACGGGACACACCUCCGGCCGCUGCUGCCCCUCGGGGAGACCGGCAUCGUGUUCGUCGGUGGCACUCUGGUCUUUCGACGGGCCUCGGUCCAGGACAGCGCCACGUACGUGUGCGUCGUGAGCAACGGGGCUGGAGUCGAAGAUAAGAACGAGAUUCAGGUGCUCGUCACAGAGCCUUUGGAGGUGGACAUGUGGACCCGAACGAGGGAGGUGCGCUCCGGGGACACCCUGACGCUCAACUGCAGCGUGUCCGGCUUUCCCGUGCGCUCUGUCACGUGGUUCAAAGAUGGCCGCGCCAUCACGGGUCCGUCAGCCGUCAAGGCCUCGGUCUCCGGCAGCCGAGGUGGCCAGGUGUCGUCGCGACGAGUGCUCAUGCUGAACCAGUACAUGCUGCGGAUACAGGCGGCGCAGAGCGACGACUCCGGCGUCUACCAGUGCCACGCGGAGAACGAGCGAGACUCGGCGCAGGCGCAGGCCUUCGUCCACGUCAGGUCUGAACCACCGGUCCUGGUAUCGCACUUCGAGGACGUCGUGGUACGCCCGGAGGAACCAGUGUCACUGCGAUGCGCCGCCACCGGUACGCCGCUGCCUCAGAUCACGUGGUCUGUUUACGACAUCCAGGUUCAAGACUCCAGCAGGGUCCGCGUGGGAGACUACGUGAGCCGCGACGGCUCUGUCAUCAGCUUCGUGAACGUCACGCGGGUGCGGCACGAAGACGGCGGCGCCUACCGUUGCGAGGCCUCCAACGUGCACGGCUCGCACGCGCAUUCCGGUCGCCUGAAUGUGCUCGGGCCACCGGCGGUGCACGACAUGCCCAACCGGACGGUCGUGGCGGGACGCAGGGCAGUGCUGCACUGCCCGUACUACGGGCAUCCCAUCAGCCGAGUGGCUUGGCACAAAGACGCCAAGAGCCUGCCCAGCAGCAAGCGCGUCAUUGCUUACCAGAACGGCUCCCUGGUCCUGGAGGCGGUGAGCCGAAAUGACGACCAGGGACGCUAUUCCUGCUCUGUGCGAGAUGAGCAAGGUAGUGAAGCACACAACCAUCUUCACCUGAGGGUGCUCGUGCCGCCGUCUAUCACGCCAUUCUCGUUUCCCGAGAAGCCUCAGCUUGGCUCUCGAGCCAGCGUCACGUGCAGCGUGCCCGAGGGAGACCCACCCAUACGGCUGUCAUGGCUGCGAGACGGGAUGCCACUGGAAUCGGACUCCUCUUCCACCUCUGCCGUCGGCAUUGCUUCGGGCCACGUGGACGACUUCAUAUCGACGCUGGUGUUCAGGUCGCUGCGCGAGGAACACACGGCUGUAUACACGUGCCUUGCUGCCAAUGAGGCCGCCUCCAUCAAUUACUCAGCGCCGCUUGUCGUUUACGCUCCGCCAAGAUGGCGGCUGGAGCCCACAGACACAACGGUCACGACAGGUGAGCGCAUAAUACUGGACUGUCAGGCUGACGGAACGCCAGAACCGAGAGUCCGCUGGAAAAAGUCUGCAGGGCUUCAGGCCACGGAAUUUCGCACGGUCAUCAGCAGCUCUCGCAUGCAAGCUCUUGUGAACGGCUCGCUGGUGAUACAAGAGGUUGAGACGUUGGACGCCGGCGGAUACAUGUGUGAGGCCUCGAAUGGAGUUGGCCUGCCCCUGUACACAGUUGUACAGGUCAACGUUCGUUCUCCGGCCAAGGCACGACAGCGUUUCAUGUCCAAAAUGGCUGCCAGGGGUCAGGUGGUGAAGCUUCGAUGCGAGGCCUCUGGGGACAGGCCUAUCAGGUUUUUUUGGUCCAAGGACAAUAAGCCCAUCAAGUCAUUUUCAAGCCCCAGGUAUUCGAUCGAGGACCACUCCGAGGAAGACACUCCCUGGUCAGAGCUGGUGAUCCUGUUUGCCGAGAGGAACGACACCGGUAGCUUCAGGUGCGACGUGUCAAACUCUUACGGACAAGACGAGCAGGUGACCCAUCUCUCUAUACAAGACCGGCCUGAACAGCCUCCAAGACCGGAAGCGCUCAACGUUCUCAGCCGGUCGGUGACCAUUCUGUGGAAAAGUCCCAGCGAUGGCAACUCUCCCAUCACCAAGUACAUCGUGCAAUACAAGAGGAGCGCAGAGUCGUGGGACAAGCAGCUGAGCGAAAUGGUGGCCGAGUCGGACCAGAGCCAGGUGACGGUGCAGGACCUGCAGCCCCUCGCCGAGUACAACUUCCGUGUUCUCGCCAAGAACGCCAUCGGGGUUGGGCCUCCAAGCGAGGCGCUCGCCGUCGUCACCGACGGAGAAGUGCCUGCAACCCCUCCUCAGAGUGUCAAGGUGACUGCCGUCAGUUCAAGAAAAAUAGAAGUAUCCUGGAAGCCCCCACCAGCGCACCUUCAAUACGGCGAAAUACAAGGCUACUACGUUGGCUACCGCGUCCACGGCUCCACUGAGCCGUACGUUUUCAAGACCGUCACCGCCUCUUCGAGCGCCCAGUCUUCAUCACUCGUGUCGGAUGGCAGCGCAGCCACGCGAUGCGUGGUGGACGACCUGCAACGUGGCACCGCCUACGCGAUCGUGGUGCAGGCCUACAACGACAAAGGCGCGGGUCCCUUGUCCGACGAGAUCCGGGUGCACACGCACGAGCACGACCCUCCGCCGCCGCCCACUGUCACCGUGACAACGAGGACAACGGAGUCUAUAGGAUUGUCGUGGACGCAAAAGGACGACGAAACAGAAAAUGUGGAUGGCUACCUGGCUCGCUGUCGGCUCUACGACGCCGUCGAGUGGAAAGAAGUGUCCCUGGGCCCCGACAAGCGAAGCUACCUGUUCGAAGGACUGGAGUGCGGAAGUGCAUACGUAUUCUCUGUACUCUGCUUCAAUCGCCAUGGACGAAGCGAGCCCGAGGAGCUGCUGCACGCCAAGACUGAAGGCACAGUGCCUCAGGCCCCGUCGGCCAAGGCGGCCGUGGUGACCAACACGAGUUAUCUAGGCCUGGUGCUGGCUGCCUGGAACGACGGAGGAUGUCCCAUCAGCCACUUCUUCGUCCAGUACCGGCCCCGCGACGAGGCUGACUGGACGCUGCUCAGUUCGAGGGUGCUGCCUGACCGCGACGUUGCGCUUAUCGUCGACCUCGUGCCUGGUACCUGGUAUCAGCUGCUCAUAGUUGCCUACAACAGCGCGGGCUCCACCAGGACCGAGUACACAGCUGCAACACUAACCGCAGGCGGAGACCCCUUGGAGCCAGACAAGAUAUCAGAGGUUGGUCGGAAGAGCAGUGCUCAUCGGUACCGCAGCUUAUCCAUCAUAGUUCCCGUUUGCUGUUCCAUCGUCGUCCUUAUGGCCGUUAGCGUGGCCAUCAUUGUGCUCAUCUGCCGAAGGAGGAGGUCCCCUCCGUCGCCCGCUUCGGCUCUUGGUGCUUAUGAAGGGGUGAGAUUCGGCGACGACGGCAAGAUGGACUCGAUCACCAUGUCCGAACUUGAGAAGUCUCACGUGAACUUCGAGAGCGGCGACGCUGACACCGAGGGCCGCAAGUACUACUACUCGUCCCCAUGCGUGUCCUCCAAGAUGGCAGACAUCUCACGCGGGGCCAAUGGGGGUGACGACGACGCGGACGAGGCGUGUCUGCAUACAAUGGCGAAGGUAGCCGCAGCCGCUUCUCCCUACGCUUCGGCUAGGACCGUCGUGCAGGCCUACGACGUGCCACAGCAUCGGCGAGAUGGCUGCAAAUCCCGCCGAUCAAAUGGCGCUCUCAGGCAUGCAUUACGCAAGAACAAGCAACCGCAUCCCAUAGAGCUCUGCAGGGAAGACCAGUACCACGAGCGGUACACAGCCAAGUGUCGGGCCUCUUCUUACGGCUACACCCCGUGCGCGGAGUACGCAAGGCAAUCUGCGGCCUCUGCGUACCACGUGUCCGAGCCCACGGACGCCAAUAUACUAGACAGAGAAGUAUGACGACGAACAGAGGAAGGCCGCGUGCAGCUCGAUGCCGGCCUCUGUUCUAAGCAGGAAGCGAUGACGUGAGCCGUCGGGCCUGCAGUGACCUCAACGCCAGAACAACGACCAGCCUUCUUCAAUGAAUUUGCUGAGGGACAAGGACGAUAAUACGAGAUGAUAAAGAAGAGCACUCCAGUUACAAGCGAUACGGUUUCUCCUAUGAAGACUCCAAGACUUGUCUCGCACGCCAGCAAGGCAGCGGUCCAAAUAGCGAACCCAGGCCUCAAGCAACUACAACCGACACUACUGAUCCUUGCCUGCCAAAAGCCUGGAACCGGUGCUGAUUAACCAGAACGAGUUCUUUUUUCCCACUCACUUCGGCAAUGUUUUUUAUUGCGCUGUCGCUAUUUUAAUAAAACACA